UAUUCUACAGACACGACAAAGUAUCGAUGGUUCUAAUAGGCUGGAAUUUUCUUGGUCUCUUGGUCAUAAUCCUGUGGACUCUGAUUUGGAGUAGUCUCGUAUUUGGAAUUCUGACGUGCCUCGACAUUCUCCGUGUCUCUCCUGAUUGUGAAAGAAAAGGGCUCGACGUGACGAAUUUUGAGGGCGCCGCUUAUGCGCAAGUGCAGAAGAAUAAAGGCUUUGUGAAGUCUCAAUCAUCGAGCUUUCAUCUCGUUGCUGCUCUAGGGAAAAUUUAUGACAAUAGGGACAGAAAUCCAUCUUCCAUGAUUCCACAACGAUGGAGAGAUAGAAUGAGAAAGAAACAAGGGAUGAUAUCUGAAAAACCGGAGGGUGUCGCCAAUGUCCCGGAUGGUAAUGAAGUAAUUGACAGCGAGCCAAACGCAAGAGUUGGAGCGACUACACGUUUAGGCGACGACUUGGCGAUGUCUGCUGUCUAGCAAUCCGCUGAAUGAAUGUAAUAAUACUAUAUACACCUAGAUGGGUAAACUGUUAGCUAAUUAAGUUACUAAGUUAGUAAGUGGAAUACAUAAUUUGUGAGUUAGUAAGUGGAAUACAUAAUUUGUGAGUUAGUAAGUGGAAUACAUAAAUAUACGGUCGACC